AUGGCAGACUCUCUUCACAACGCUCCCAUUGUCCUCGACAAUGGCUCUGGCACGAUUCGAGCAGGAUUCGCGGGCGACGACCUACCAAAAUGCUACUUCCCUUCAUUCGUAGGAAGACCCAAACAUCUCAGGGUACUCGCCGGUGCGCUGGAGGGGGAGGUCUUCAUCGGGCAGAAGGCGGCGACGGAGCUACGUGGCCUGCUAAAGAUCCGGUAUCCGUUAGAACAUGGCAUCGUUACGGACUGGGAUGAUAUGGAGAAAAUCUGGGAAUACGUAUACGGCGAAGGACUCAAGACGCUCAGCGAGGAGCAUCCCGUCCUCCUUACCGAACCUCCUUUGAAUCCCCGGAGCAACCGCGACAUUGCGGCGCAGAUCCUUUUCGAGACGUUCAACGUGCCCGCCCUUCACACCUCGAUCCAAGCCGUCCUCUCACUCUACGCGUCUGGCCGCACGACCGGCAUUGUCCUCGACUCGGGCGACGGCGUCUCACACGCCGUGCCUGUGUACGAAGGGUUCGCCAUGCCCAGCAGCAUCCGUCGCAUCGACGUGGCCGGUCGCGACGUCACCGAAUACCUGCAGACCCUGCUACGCAAGAGCGGCUACGUGUUCCACACCAGUGCCGAGAAGGAAGUCGUUCGUCUGAUCAAGGAGUCGGUCACCUACGUUGCGCAAGAUCCGCGCCGCGAAGAGAAGGAAUGGAUGCAGCGGUCGGGAGACCAGGGGAAGACUGUCGAAUACGUAUUGCCUGACGGGCACAAAAUGAAGAUUGGCGCCGAGCGGUUCCGGGCACCAGAAAUCCUCUUCGACCCCGAAAUCAUCGGCCUCGAGUAUCCCGGUGUGCACCAGAUCGUGGUGGACGCCAUCAGCCGCACGGACCUCGACCUCCGCAAAUCACUGUACAGCAACAUUGUGCUGUCCGGCGGCAGCACGCUGACCAAGGGGUUCGGCGACCGUCUCCUGACGGAGCUUCAGCGGCUGGCGGUCAAAGACAUGAGGAUAAAGAUUUUCGCGCCCCCGGAGCGCAAAUACUCGACGUGGAUCGGAGGCAGCAUUUUGGCUGGACUCAGCACAUUCCGAAAGAUGUGGGUGAGCAUCGACGACUGGCACGAGAAUCCGGACAUAAUCCAUACCAAAUUUACAUAA